UCGUUACCCUCUUCGACUGAGAGGAGAAUCACCCUAUUCAGUAAUUCUUGUCCAGAAAGAAAUUGAGAGGCUCACAUCUUCUUCUUUGUAUCUUCAUCUACUUCGCAGCUUAAUCUGCAGCUUUCAUCAUCUUUUCUCUUAAAAAUCACUUCUCUCUGUGAUUCUUUCCUUCAAUACAACUUCCGAAGCUCCUGUUAUCGUUAAGAGUGAGAUUUCUUGCUUUACUUUUAAGGUUUUACCGGAAAAAAUUGAGUCUACAAAUCCAUUUUUAUUAGAACUAGAAGCAUCGUUUUCACAUUGGAGUUUAUCUGAGUCUCUGUAUGGAUUCUGGAGAAUCUUGAUUUGAAGGUGCUGAGGUUUCUAAUGAUUUGUCGACGUUGUAGUCUCCGGUGGACAAUUUUUCUGCUGAUUUAACGUGUAAGCUUGCUUGGUUAAUUUACUCUAAUAAACUCUUGCGAAGUUGAAAGAGUUCAGCCAAUUCAUGUUGUUCUGGAAAUAGAAAAUUUCAUCACUGGAGCUUUGUUGUCUCUAUAUGUGUAUCGAAAUUUGAGGUUGAGGAUCGUGAAAAUUAUUUGGAAUUAGUUUACUGAAUGGAGAGUGCUGGAGGUAGUUCAUUUCUAAGGAGCCGAAGGCUGGGAAGCUGCUUCAAUGCAAGCUCCCUUUCUAGUGCUGUAGAAUCGUCGAAAGUUAAGCGGAGAGCAGCAGGAGUACCGAAACCAAAGACAGAUGACUUUGUGGACGAUAACAGCUGGAUCGCCGUUGUGAUAUCCUGUAUAAAGAUUGUUACCUGUUUUGUGACGAUGAUGUUCACGACCUUCUUGUGGGCUCUGAUCAUGUUUCUGCUGCUACCAUGGCCUUGUGCGAGGAUUAGGCAGGGAAAUGUUUAUGGUCAUGUGACUGGAAGGUUAUUGAUGUGGAUUUUGGGAAAUCCUAUAAAGAUAGAAGGUGCCGAAUUCUCCAAAACAAGGGCUAUUUAUAUCAGUAACCAUGCAUCUCCUCUAGAUAUCUUUCUUAUAAUGUGGUUGACUCCAACGGGUACUGUUGGCAUUGCCAAAAAGGAGAUCAUAUGGUACCCCCUGUUUGGACAGUUAUAUGUGUUAGCAAACCAUCUUCGUAUAGAUCGUUCCAACCCAAGUUCAGCCAUUGAGUCGCUGAAACAGGCUGCUCGUGCAAUUGUUGGGAACAAUCUUUCUUUGAUCAUUUUUCCUGAGGGGACCCGAUCCAAAAAUGGAAGAUUGCUUCCAUUUAAGAAGGGCUUUGUUCACAUGGCAUUUCAGUCUCGUCUCCCAAUUGUUCCAAUGGUUCUGACAGGGACACACCUAGCGUGGAGGAAAAACAGUCUGCAUGUUAGGCCAGCACCUCUAACUGUAAAGUUUCUUCCUCCGAUAAGAACUGAAGAUUGGACAGCUGACAAGAUUGAUGACUACAUUAACAUGGUACAUGACAUCUAUGUCAAACACCUUCCAGAGGCCCAGAGACCUCUGGCAUCUGAAGAGGAAAAUCGUGAAAGAGAUCAGACUCGCAACUGAGGUGAAGAACCCUCAGUCCCCAUUGAACAUAAUACUAGCACCUCCAAAAUUAAUGAAGAUCAAAUAUUCUGCUUUUGGCAAGGUGACAUUUACUAUGAAAGCGAUGAUUUCUGGGUUUUUUUUCAAGGAUAUCUUUGAAUAGCUUCGUGAUGCGUUUGGUGCCGAAGUGAACCAGCUCAUGAACUUGAAGCUUGAGGGAUCAGUUGGUUGAGAGUGAUUACGGCUGAAUGGUUUCUAUAUUUGAAAUAUUUUCACCUUGGAGAAGAACAUAAACCACCGAAUGGAACAAAAGUAAUUCCAGAUAUGGCUAUUUAUGUAUUGAGCUGUUUAAGAAUGCUAUGACAUUAUGCUGUUACCUGGCUUUAACCAGAUGAUGUAAUACUAUUUGAACACUGGCUUGUACAUGAAAAUUAUGCUUCUUUUUCCUGUGUUGUUAAGCAGAGUGUAGCAUGUAACCUUGAUUCAGUUUCUAACUAGAUGGAUUUGUUCAAUUAUAAAAAUCCUGUAUAAUAAACCCUAAA